UUGCUUUUUUUUUUUUUUUCGUUUUCUACUUCGUUUCGCCAUUGUCCUGCUCUCUCUCGUUCUCUCUGUCUCUCUCUCCUUCUCUCUCCUUAUCUCUCUCUUUGCAUCCAUGCGAGCCUCGUUGGCCCUCCCUCCUGCUGCUGCCGUGGCUCUGCUGCUCUGCGCCGCCCUCGCAACGACUGUCGACGCGUCCAUUUUCCACUUUACCAUUGUCGAUCCUGACAACACCCAGAACAACUAUGAGCCGCUGUAUCCCAACUCUCAAGUCUACAUUGACUUGAAAUGCGCCCCAGCCGACAUGAACUCGACUUUCACGAUGCUCGUGGCAUCGUCAACCUCGUAUGAUUGGAUUUCGUCGGCACUGCGAGGCGAUUGCUGCACCGACAGCACUGACACACAGACAUGCCAUGCCGGUUUCCUCAUCCCAAAGACCGCCCCUGCGUUCUCGCUGAUUCAGUCGGCGUCGUACGACUGCCGACCCGAGCCCUUCACCUCGACCGUGCUGAUUGCCUCGGAGGCUGAUUUUGUCGUCUCCCUGUACAAGCGCUGCCUGGGCACUGCCACUCUCAUCGGCACCACUUCGUACAGCGGCCCUUACGGCUACAUGGAUGCUCGCGAGUACCCGCUGCUCGUCAUCUUCGGCCUGCUCAUCGGCUUGCACGCCGUCAUGCUGUUGGUGUGGAUUGGCCUGUCAAUCUACCACCGACGCGUGCUGCUCAAGCUGCAGUACAUUAUCGGCGGUGUCAUUCUGCUUGGUUUGUUCGAGACGGCCAUCUGGUGCGGCUACUACAGCGACUUUAACCAGAACGGUGUCCGAAACACGUCUCUCUGGAACUUUGCCUCGUUCAUGGGCAGCGUGAAGAAGACUGUGGCUUUGGUCUUUGUCUUGCUCGUGAGCCUUGGCUACGGUGUCGUCCAACCCGCGUUGCCUCCGAGCACCUACCUUCGUGUUGCUGGUCUUGGAUUGGCUCUGCUGGUCUCCAACACCGCCGCCGCUUACCAAUCGUCUGAGACUGGUGCCAAGACGGCCUCAUUCCAGAUCUUGAUGGUGCCUCUGGCGCUCGUCUACGCCCUGUUCUUUACCUGGAUUUUGUACAGCUUGCAUCUCGUGUAUCGCAUGCUGCAGGUCAAGAAGCAGGAGCUCAAGCUGAAAAUGUACCGCUGGCUCAUGAUCAGCCUGGUGGCGGUGCUUGCUCUCGGCCUCGCUGGCGUCCUGUUUGAGAUUUACGUCAACAAAACCGACGCUGACUCGCGGUUCUGGGAGAUGGCAUGGCUCCGCACUGCCCUCUGGCACGCCAUGUUCUUCUUGACCUUGUUGAGUAUCUCUAUUCUGUGGCGUCCGACGUCCAACAACACCCGAUACGCGUACACCCCGCUUGAUCAAGACGACGACGAUGAGGAGGAGCAGGCCAACCCUGUGCCUCAAGCCUUUGGCGACAUUAAGCUUCGCGCAGUAAACCGCUCCGACCCAGACGAUGACGACAACAUUCGAUGGGCUGAGGAGAAUCUGCCGUCGUCCAGCGCGAUGGAUCGCGAUUUUGUCCCGAAAGUGGUUUCUGGCAUGCUCGACGACGACGAAACGCGCGCCGAGAUUGCCAACACGCGGUCCAAGUUGCAAUGAUGCCUUCAAUUCAGCAUCUCCCACCCACCCAACUGGAUUUCAAUUUUUUCUUUUCCCCCUUUCUCCGCUCCACACCUCUCCGAUGCUUGACCUGGGUGAUUUGUCGCUUUUUUUGGUUGUUCGUAGAUAUUUGUUCCGUUCUACUGGUUGUUUUUUUCAGGUCUAGCUUACAAGUCUCGUUGUGAUUUCGUUUGAUCGUGUUUUUCUGUAUGUCCGGUAAAAUAUUCUUGAAAUACAAAUGGAAUGGUUCCAACAA